GAAUGCCUUGUGACUCGAACGUUUUGGCUCCCGAGCACCACAAACCCGGAAGUUGAAGACCUGUGUGGGCAUUUAUACUCAGAGAAGAAGGAAACUCUCUACACCAGUCUAGCGGCUGAAGAACUUUUUCACAAUGGACAUAGAUGAUGAAGAGAAUAUGAGUUCAGGCAGCAUUGAUGUUAAAGAGAAUCACAACAUGGACAACAUUUCAUCUAAAGAUGGGAGUGUGCAAGGCACCGGAGAGGGGAACCAGCUCUCCAAUGGUGGUGGCGCUAGCAGCAGGAAACGACCCUUGGAAGAGGGAAGCAAUGGCCACGCCAAGUUCCGCACAAAGAAAAGGAAGAAAACACCAGGGCCGGUCUUGCCCAAAAACGCUCUCAUGCAGCUGAAUGAAAUCAAGCCUGGCUUGCAAUACAAACUUCUCUCCCAAACAGGACCUGUUCAUGCCCCUAUUUUUGUGAUGGCAGUAGAGGUUAAUGGGCAGCUGUUUGAAGGCUCCGGCCCUACAAAAAAGAAAGCGAAGCUCCAUGCAGCUGAGAAGGCCCUGAGGUCUUUUGUUCAGUUUCCGAAUGCUUCUGAAGCACAUCUUGCCAUGGGAAGAACUCUUUCCGUAAAUACGGACUUCACCUCUGAUCAGGCAGAUUUCCCAGAUACCCUCUUCAAUGGCUUUGAAAACCCUGCCCAGUCUGAUCUUUCCUUUUAUCUGGAGUCCAACGGAGAAGGUUCCUUUAGCUCCAGUGCAGACUAUAAUUUGUCAUCUUCUGCGGCCUGUAGCCUUGUACAGUCGUCUCUCCCUGCUCCAUCACCAUACCCCUCAACAAGUGGGAAGAAUCCAGUCAUGAUAUUGAAUGAACUCCGACCAGGCUUAAAGUAUGAAUUUCUCUCAGAAAGUGGAGAAAGUCAUGCUAAGAAUUUUGUAAUGGCUGUGUCAGUGGAUGGCCAAACGUUUGAAGGAUCUGGAAGAAACAAAAAACUUGCAAAAGCACGCGCCGCUCAGUCAGCUCUUGCAUCCUUGUUUAACAUGCAGUUGGAUCAAACACCAUCUCACCAACCUAUUCCUAGUGAAGGACUUCAGUUACACCUGCCUCAGGUUUUAGCUGAUGCCGUUGCACGCUUGGUGGUAGAUAAAUUCAGCGAUUUGACAGAUAAUUUUACAUCGCCCCAUGCACGUAGAAAAGUGCUAUCUGGAGUAGUCAUGACAACAGGUACUGAUGUGAAAGAUGCUCAGGUUAUAAGUGUUUCUACAGGAACAAAGUGCAUUAAUGGAGAAUAUAUGAGUGAUCGUGGUCUUGCAUUGAAUGAUUGCCAUGCUGAAAUUAUAGCACGUAGAUGCUUGCUUAAAUUUCUCUAUACACAACUUGAACUGCUCUUAUGUAGUAAGGAAGAUCAGCAAAAAUCUAUUUUUAUCAAAUCAGAACGAAGCGGGUUUAAAUUGAGAGAAAAUGUACAGUUUCAUCUCUAUAUCAGCACCUCUCCUUGUGGCGAUGCUCGGAUUUUCUCACCACAUGAAGCGGCACAAGAAGAUCAGGGAGACAGACAUCCAAACCGGAAAGCAAGAGGACAGCUACGGACGAAAAUUGAAUCUGGGGAAGGAACGAUCCCUGUCAGAUCUACAACUACAAUCCAGACGUGGGAUGGAGUCCUACAGGGAGAAAGAUUGCUUACUAUGUCGUGCAGUGAUAAGAUAGCCAGAUGGAACGUGCUUGGUAUUCAAGGAGCAUUACUUACCCUCUUUGUUGAGCCAAUUUACUUCUCUAGCAUUAUCUUGGGGAGCUUGUACCAUGGAGACCAUCUAUCCAGAGCAGUAUACCAGCGAAUAGCAGAGAUAGAAGAUUUACCCCCUCUCUAUAUACUCAACAGACCUUUACUCAGUGGUAUCAGUAAUGCUGAAGCCCGCCAACCAGGAAAAGCACCUAAUUUCAGUGUAAACUGGACCAUAGGAGAUGCUGGUCUUGAAGUGAUUAAUGCUACAACAGGCAAGGACGAAAUGGGCCGUGCAUCCCGUCUUUGUAAGCAUGCUCUGUACAGUCGCUGGAUGCGAGCUUAUGCAAAGCUUUCUUCCAGUCUUCGUUCAAAUGUCAGUAAACCAAACAUGUACCACGAAAUGAAGCAAGCAGCUGCCGAAUAUCAAACUGCCAAAGAGUGUUUGUUCAAAGCAUUUUCAAAGGCAGGACUUGGCGCCUGGGUGGAGAAGCCCAUAGAACAAGACCAGUUUUCCCUUGUAGUCUGAUCCAUGGAUGCCCUCUGCUUGGAAGAGGGGAUAGGAUGGAAACCCCGACGUCAGCAUUUCAUCUACUCAGCUGAAACAGCAGCUUUUAGAUUUUUAUUGUGGUUUUUUGUUGGGGAGAGGCUGACUCGAGACCAUUUUUUUCUUUUGCUGAAGUAUUAAAACCUUUGGAAAACUGAUAAUACAAUAACUAGUCUAGAAUUAAUACAAAAUUAUUCCAUUACCUCCUAAGGAACUAUUGUUUGCAGGGGUGGGGGAACCCACAAUGCAAUUCAAAGUGAUACAUCUGGAUAAUUUAAAAAUUAUUUUACUGCAUUGUUACCAGGUGCAUGAUUAAUGUAAACCACAGAGGAUUUUACACAACACUUUUGACUAAGUGGUUUGUUUUUGUGUUCUUUUAGAGCCCAAGAGACAGAUUAUUUAUGUGCUUCUUAUAGAUUUUUAUUUUUUAAAUAAUUGAGCUCACAAAACCAGACUGGAGUUUGGCUAGCUAUUUCCCCCUGCUUCCUUGCUCUUUAAAAACCAGCUGCUGAAAACUUUGUCUCUUUGCUUUAUGUAUUUAUUAUUGUGUGAUCCAGUUUUUAACAUGCCACUUUUUAUUCCAUUUUUAAAGUAUUUGUCUUCACUUCCCAUUUA